ACAAAGAAUCGCAGACUAUUCAUUUCGUUGGGGUGUGCUGGUCAUCCCCCUUUCUCUCGGAGAAUUUAUUGUUUUAGUGCCUUUUGUGCGAUUUUCUUUUUGUAAAGCCACGGAAACAACUCCUUUAAAUUUUCAGAAUGCCGAAAACAGAAUACGAUGAAGAGGCAGCAAUCAAUCCCUCCAAGGGAGCCAAAAAGACCAGUUUUCUUAAAUACAUCAUAGCUACCAGCAUAUUGGGUGUUGUUGGUAUUGUUGGUAUUACGGUCGGUCUACAUAUGUCUGGAAACCUUACAAAUCAAUCGGAAUCGAACCGGUUGGCUGGACAAGGAAGCGCACAGAAAGGUGAUCAAUUGAGUAAUGACGACACCAUAUUCGAGGCAGAAAGCGAUAUAAAAGAUAACUUCGAUGAACUUGUCGAAAGUGUAAUAAAAGAGGUCAACGCUGGUUUGAAAAAGGAUGGAUUCGAUGAUGAUAGCGACAAUGAUAAUAAUAACAACCUACAUAAUAAGGACAGAGGCGAUAAUGAUGAUGAUAACGACAGUGAUGAACAUGAUGACAGUGAUAACGAAGGUGAUGGCGAUGAUAGUGAUGGCAAUGAUAGUGACGACAGUAAUGAUGAUGAUGAUGAUGGUGACGACGAUGACAGUGAUGAUGAUGAUGAUGAUGAUGAUGAUAAUGAUGAUGGUGAUGAUGAUGACGACAGUGAUAGUGACGACGAUGAUGACGAUAGUUACGACAGUGAUGGUGAUGAUGACAAUGGUAGUGACGACGAUGAUGAUGAUGAUGACGACGACAGUGAUGGUGAUGAUGAUGACAAUGGUAGUGACGACGAUGAUGAUGACGACAGUGAUGGUGAUGAUGAUGAUAAUGAUAGUGACGACGAUGAUGAUGACGAUAGUUACGACAGUGAUAGUGUUGAUGAUAAUGAUAGUGACGGCGACGACGACGACGACAGUGAUAGUGUUGAUGAUAAUGAUAGUGACGGCGACGACGACGACGACAGUGAUAAUGACGACGACGACAAUGAUGGUGAUAACGACGACGACGACAACGAAGACGAUAACGACGACGAUAAUAAUGAUGAUGAUAAUGACGACGACGAUAAUAAUGAUGAUGAUAAUGACGACGACGACGACAAUAAUGAUGAUGAUAAUGACGACGACGACGAUAAUAAUGAUGAUGAUAAAGACGACGACGAAGAUAAUAAUGAUGAUAAUGACGACGACGACGAUAAUAAUGAUGAUGAUAAUGACGACAACGAUAAUAAUGAUGAUGAUAAUGACGACGACGAUAAUAAUGAUGAUGAUAAUGACGACGACGAUAAUAAUGAUGAUGAUAAUGACGACGACGACGAUAAUAAUGAUGAUGAUAAUGACGACGAUGAUAAUAAUGAUGAUGAUAAUGACGACGACGAUAAUAAUGAUGAUAAUGACGACGACGAUGAUGAUAAUGACGAUGAUAAUGACGACGACGAUAAUAAUGAUGAUAAUGACGACGACGAUGAUAAUGACGACGACGACGACAACGACAAUGAUGAUGAUAAUAAUGACGACGUCGACAAUGAUACUAAUGACGACGACGGCGACGACGAUGAUAAUAAUGGCGACGACAAGGAUAAUGAUGAUGAUGAUAACGACGACGACAACGAAGACGAUAAUGACAAUGAUGAUAACGACGACGACGACAACGAAGACGAUAAAGAUGGUGAUAAUAAUUCUGAUGAUAAUAAUGACGACGACGACGACAAAACAGACGAUAAUGACAAUGAUGAUAAUGAAGCCGACGAUGACAAUGACAAUGAUGAUGGUAAUGAUGAUGAGGAUGAUGAUAGCGAAACGGACGAUAAUGACAAAACUGGUGAUGACAAUGAUGGUAAUGAUGAUGAUAGCGACAACGGCGACGACGAUGAUAAUGGCGAAACGAGUGAUGACGGUGAAGAAAAUGAUGAAAAUGGUGAUCGUAGCGAUGUUUAUGAAAAUGGGGAUGAUGGUGAUGACGACGAGGCUAAUGCUGAUGCCGACAAUAAUGGCGGCGUUGACGAUGGCAAUGCUGGUGUGACCGAUGGUAACGAUGGUGAUGACGACAGAAACAAUAAUGAUAAUGAUGGCAUUAGUGAUGAUGAUGGUAGCGACGGCUCAGAUGACGACGGUAAUGGUGGUGGCAAUGGUGAUGAUACUGUUAAUGAUGACGUCAAUGACGGCAACGAUGUUGAUUUUGAUGAUGGUGAUGGCAACGGUAAUGACGGCAAUGGUGAUGAUGGUAAUGAUAAUGGUGAUGACAACAGUAAUGUUGCCAGUAAAGGCAAUGGUGAUGAUGGUGGUAAUGACAAUGGUGAUGAUGGUGGUAAUGACAAUGGUGAUGACGCAAAUGAUGACGACGGCGAGGGCACUGAUGACACCAGUGAUGAUGGUCAAGGCAGUGAUGAUGAUGAUAAUGGUGAUGACAACGGUAAUGACGGCGAUGGGGAUGAUGAUGGUUAUGAUAAUGGUGAUGACAACGGUAAUGUUGCGGGUAGAGGUGGUGAUGACAAUGGUGAUGAUAGUGGUAAUGACAAUGGUGAUGACACAAAUGAUGACGACGGUGAUGCCACUGAUGAUGACACCGGUGAUGACGAUGGUGAUCGGAAUGAUGACGGCGACAGAGAUGGUAAUGACGCUGGUGAUGACAAUAGUGAUGGCGACGCCAUUGAUGGUGAGGACACAGAGAAUAACAAUGGAGAUGGCAAUGGUGAUGAUAAUGGUGAUGACAUUGGUAAUGUCAAUAGCGAUGACGACAAUGGUAAACGCGGUGACAAUGAUAAUGACGACCCUGUCCCUGCUGCUGAUCCAAAAAGCAAAGAUGUAAUACAAGUCGGACAAACUGACCCAAGUGUUCCAGUCCCCGCUGUUGAUUCAACAAACAACCAUGUUCCUGGUAACCAAGUUCCCGCUGUUGAUGCUGCCUCAGAUGCUGAUUCAGAUAAUACUGAUGGUGAGACGGUUCCAAAGGAUGCCAAUCAGACGAAUGGAGAUGAUACUUCAAAUACGAUCCCCACUCCUUAGGUAUUUAACAGGUCAUCUGAUAUAUUUUGUUCAAACAUACAAAUUUGAUUUUAAUUUGUGUAAUUCGUUUUUAUUUAAGGAAAAUUCGAGCUUGAUUUUGUAAAAUGAUGUGACCUGCCUGUGCUUAAAAUAGAUUGAAAAACAAUACAGCGAAUAUUAUAUAUUUAUAAAUUAGUUUAAUUAUUUAACUUUUUUAAUUGGCUUCCUUUUGCACUCGUGUUUUGUCUCAUAUUAGGACUUGUAUUAUAUUUUAGUAUGAUUUAUUCUAAUGUAGAGUGAAAUCCAAAGAAACUAUAUGCAUAUAUGUUGAUUGUCAGGGGCGCCCCAAAUGAACGUUGAUCUAACUGUCAUCUUUCAAAGUCAACAAAAUACAAAAUAAAUAUUGCCAAUAUAGAACUUUUUACGAAACGAGUUCUUUCAUUUUCAUUAAUAACAAUUGAACAAAACAGAGAAAAUGUGGAUAGACAAGACUCGGCUACGAUGCCACCAAGUUUGGAAAUUUUAUAUUAGUAUUUAUAUAUUAUUACUGAUAUAUUUGUUAAAUGAGACUGGUUAUAAAUUAUGGAAAGUCUAA